UAAAUGAUUGAAAUUAAGGCGAAACUGCUGCGGGCGGACUCGGCCAUUUACGCUACUGGCGAAAAAGUCGAGUGUCUGAUCGAGUUCACCAACAAAGUCUUCUGCGACGAGCAAACCGCGUCUCAGGCCCGCGAUGCCAACGAAGCAAACAGCCGGGAAAACCUGGCAUGGGCCUCGGCACAGCUGCACUGCUACCGGAAAACCAGCUACUCCACUUCCGCUUCCGACAAAGCCGCGGAGCUCACGGAGAUGAUCGGCAGGACGGCCUUAGAUGCAGUGACCCAGGCGCCGGGAGAUGUGAUUGUGGCCACUAAGCCCAAGAUCCUCUUCUGCGACCUCCGCCUACUCCCCGGAGAGACCAAGAUGUAUUUUUUUAAUGAAUUCGUUCCACGCGAUGGCCCACCCACAUACAGAGGUCACAACAUCAGGUACUUCUACAAGAUCACCAUUGCUACCCAACGUGUCAAGUCCAAGGUGCAAACUUUGACCGUUCCCAUCCGGGUGUUGCCCAUUCCCAUAAUUUCCCGGCCCGAUGAGCUUCCCGUAACCGUAGAGACUAACGAGGAGCUGGCGCCCACUAAUCCAUUCCUGGAGAAGCGCGAGAUUAGCGAACUGGAGAUAUCUUGGCACCACCUUAAGGUUAGAAAAUCAUUAAUAUUUAGUGUUGAUAGCCUUUCCCGUUUUAUAUGUGUUUUUCAGAACGUAACCGCUCGGCGGGCACCGAAGUUCUAUCGCAUCUCGAACAAGCAUGGCUUUGUUGGUCGCUUUUGUUUGUUUAAGCCUGCCUAUAAACUUGGCGAGGACAUUGUAGGUAGCCUGGACUUUGCUCCUGGCGUAAACCCCCAAAAGGUGCGCUGCGUCCAGUUCUCGGUAAAGCUGCAGCAGCAGGAACUUUCUAUCCGACCGCAGUCAGUGCAUAAUCACCAGCUACAAUCCCAAUCCUCGACGGGCGAUGAUGGCUCCUCGAUUAACUCCUUUGAUAUGGCCAGCAUAGCUAGCGGAGUGGUUGCCGAUAACCUCCAGAAGUCGGCCACAUCGGCGAGCUCACGGGAUAAGGAGGCGCCUGAGCCAACAGGGAAACUUUCGACCAUUUCCACCUCCCACCAAGUGUGCUACGCCACAAUCCAGACCCAAGUCGUGGUACCUAUUCCGCUGCAUGUAACACCCACAUUCUGCACUGACCUCGUCGACGUCCGGUGGCGACUGCAUUUUGAGUUUGUGACCACCACUUUGAUGGACUUUGGCAUUCCAAAUCCGGAGUUUGGAGAGCUAAAAGCACCGGCCGAAAUACCCGUGGAAACGAUGGUAUGGAAUCUGCCCGUGACCGUCUACGCUGCGAAUCCUCUCCAGAUUAAUGCUCCAAACCAGACAUUUAACCUGCUUAUAAAAUGAAAGCAAGGCACUGUUACGAUACAGAAUUGGUUGGGCUAAAUUUAUGUAAAACUUUUUCCUUUCUUUACGUAACUAAAUAGUAAGAAGUAUGGUUUAAAAAUAUAAGAGAAUUAAUUAAAAUGUUAUUUCAAGCAGUGGGUACAUUACUUUUACCGAAGUUUUUUUUUAAAGUCUUCUUAAACCGCGUCCAUCCGCGUCUUUUUUAAAUACAAUAAUCGUUAUUAAAUAAAAUCAGCUGCCGCUACACAGUUAGUAGAAA